GUGUUUGUGCAUUUUUCAUCUUAUAUCUCUCUACCACAUCUCCACGCUAAAUACUUUUGGGUCACGAUGCCCAUUUCCUCAUCCGAAAUUAAAACCUCCGAUUUUUUUUUUUAUUUAAAGAGCUCUAAGCUACUUUCUCCCUUGCGUAGGAAACUUCGAGGCUGUUCUUCUAUCAACUGUAGAAGAAAGAAACGAUCCAUAGCUCACCUUUAGCUUGCAAUUCCGAAAACACCGAUAAAUGGGUUCGGAGGGUCCUUCGGUGGUAACAGUUUAUGUUACUGGGUUUAAGAAAUUCCAUGGGGUCUCGGAGAAUCCAACUGAGGUUAUUGUGGGUAAUCUCAAAGCCUUUAUGGAGAAGAGAGGACUGCCGAAAGGUCUUGUUCUUGGGAGCUGCACGAUUCUCGAGACGGCAGGACAAGGGGCACUUGGUCAAUUACAAAAAGUAUUAGAGUCGGCUGUAAUUGGCAGAGAAAAAGGAUCGUCGAAUGCUGGGCAAGUCAUCUGGGUCCACUUUGGAGUCAAUAGUGGUGCGACAAGGUUUGCUCUGGAGAAUCAAGCGGUAAACGAGGCUACUUUUCGUUGCCCUGAUGAACUUGGAUGGAAGCCUCAGAAAGUCCCUAUUGUACCUUCUGAUGGAGGCAUCACACAAAUACGAGAGACUUCUUUGCCUGUGAACGAAAUUACAAAGACUUUGGCGAAGAUGGGUUAUGAUGUGGUUCUCUCAGAUGAUGCCGGUCGAUUCGUAUGCAACUAUGUCUACUACCAUUCUCUUCGGUUCGCAGAGCACCAUGGAAUCAAGUCUCUUUUCGUACAUGUCCCCCUCUUCUUUACUAUUGAUGAAGAAAUCCACAUGCAUUUUGUUGCCUCCCUCUUGGAGGUGCUCGCUGCCUCUCACUAGUAUCCUCAUAUUAAAAGAUGGGUCCUAUUUUUUUUCUUCUUCCAUUAAGAUCUUAUCAUGUUAGAUGUCAUUAUGGACAUGAUAAAGAUCGCACUUUUCUCUGUGGUCCCAAUAAUUUAGUGUCCUGAGGGUUUAGUCGAAAUAUGGCUCUGUUGAUAAUAAUCAAUAAAAGAAAGGAACUUUGGGAACUUCAAGGAGCUCAUAUUAUUCUGCUCAUGUAUGUGAAAACAGAUGAUUGAUAUGUAAAAUGGUGUUGGUGCUUUUGUGUUUUAUUGUUA